UUCCAGCGUUGCACUUGUCACACUGGUGGGAGGGGUGCCUUUCAGAUUGGCACAGGACAGUCAGCGGAUGCCUCCCCUUAUGUUAUCAAACAGAGACCCGGCAAGUGGAUCUGCCCAGAGCUGGAGGAUCCUCUGCGGCUUGGGAACCCCAGUGGCACUGCGACUCUGUGGCUUGGCUUUAGAUCAUUCUGACUAUGGCUGUAGAACCCAGCAGCUCAGAAUCCAUGAAAAGGAGAAUUGGAAGGAGGAUGAAGAAGAUGAGCAACAUUUACGAGUCGGCGGCCAACACACUGGGAAUCUUUAACAGCCCCUGCCUGACCAAAGUUGAGCUGCGUGUGGCCUGUAAAGGCAUUUCCGACAGAGACGCUCUUUCCAAACCAGACCCCUGCGUUAUCCUCAAGAUGCAGUCCCAUGGGCAGUGGUUCGAGGUUGACAGAACAGAGGUGAUUCGCACCUGCAUAAACCCGGUGUAUUCAAAACUGUUCACCGUGGACUUUUACUUCGAGGAAGUGCAGCGCCUGCGGUUUGAGGUCCACGACAUCAGCAGCAACCACAACGGGCUGAAGGACGCAGACUUCCUGGGUGGCAUGGAAUGCACGCUGGGCCAGAUUGUUUCCCAGAGGAAGCUGUCCAAAUCCCUGCUGAAGCACGGGAACACGGCCGGGAAGUCCUCCAUGACGGUGAUCGCUGAAGAACUGUCCGGCAACGAUGACUACGUGGAGCUCGCAUUCCACGCGCGGAAACUGGAUGACAAGGAUUUCUUCAGUAAGUCGGACCCAUUCCUGGAAAUUUUUCGUAUGAAUGAUGAUGCAACUCAGCAGCUUGUGCACCGGACUGAGGUUGUGAUGAAUAACUUAAGCCCAGCCUGGAAGUCAUUCAAAGUAUCAGUAAACUCUCUGUGCAGUGGAGACCCUGACCGCCGGCUGAAGUGCAUUGUGUGGGACUGGGACUCCAACGGCAAACAUGACUUCAUCGGAGAGUUCACCUCCACAUUCAAGGAGAUGAGGGGAGCGAUGGAGGGGAAGCAGGUGCAGUGGGAGUGCAUCAACCCCAAGUACAAAGCCAAGAAGAAGAACUAUAAGAACUCGGGGAUCGUGAUUUUGAAUCAAUGCAAGAUCCACAAGAUGCACUCCUUCUUGGAUUACAUCAUGGGGGGCUGCCAGAUCCAGUUUACAGUAGCUAUAGACUUCACUGCCUCCAACGGGGACCCCCGGAACAGCUGCUCCCUGCACUACAUCCACCCUUACCAGCCCAACGAGUACCUGAAGGCCUUGGUGGCUGUGGGGGAGAUUUGCCAAGACUAUGACAGUGAUAAAAUGUUCCCAGCCUUUGGGUUUGGUGCCAGGAUACCCCCCGAAUACACGGUCUCUCACGACUUCGCAAUCAACUUUAACGAAGACAACCCGGAAUGCGCAGGAAUCCAAGGCGUCGUGGAAGCCUACCAGAGCUGCCUUCCCAAACUCCAGCUCUACGGCCCCACCAACAUCGCCCCCAUCAUCCAGAAGGUCGCCAAGUCAGCGUCCGAGGAGACCAACACCAAGGAGGCAUCGCAAUACUUCAUCCUGCUGAUCCUGACUGAUGGGGUCAUCACGGACAUGGCGGACACGCGGGAGGCCAUCGUCCAUGCCUCCCACCUCCCCAUGUCAGUCAUCAUCGUGGGUGUGGGCAACGCAGACUUCAGCGACAUGCAGAUGCUGGAUGGGGAUGACGGAAUCCUGAGGUCACCCAAGGGGGAGCCAGUCCUCCGUGACAUCGUCCAGUUCGUGCCCUUCAGGAACUUCAAACAUGCGUCUCCAGCAGCCCUGGCAAAGAGCGUGCUGGCUGAAGUCCCGAACCAGGUGGUGGACUAUUACAACGGCAAAGGGAUUAAGCCAAAAUGUUCGUCAGAGGUGUACGAAUCUUCCCGGACACUAGCUCCAUGAACUCCACGCACUUUACAGGGUUCUGAAAUACUACUCCUGCCAAUAUUUAAUAUUUCUGCUCCUGUACUGAAGCACACACAUACACAUUAAAACUAGCACGUUUUGGUGAUUUUUAACUAAUCGACGAUUUUUUUUCUGCAUGUGUAGCCCCGAGGCCUGGAUCUAUGAGGCCCUUGCAUCGUUAAAAGACUUUUUACAAAGAAACACAGAUAAUUAUCCCUUACUCCCUACGUUACAGCAUGUUUGCCUUGAAGUAAAACGGUAUCUGUAUCCGUUUUUUAUACAGGUUUGUUGAAAUUUUGCUAAAUUUCUUAUUACCUUUACACUGUAAAGCAUUUUGAAACACUCUUCGAACGUUGAUAGCCAACACAUAUUUGGUUUUAUCUGCUACAGGGUGAGAGACUUUUUAAAAUGGCAGCUGCAUGGACUGUAUUUUGCAUGUUUAAAAUAAAAAAAAAAAAACCAC